AUGUCCCAUCUGUCAGACAGUCAAACCGGCUCGGCACGAUCCGGGAGGCACCGCGGGGAGGAGGGUGACGAACGGCGCUCGGGUGCUGGUGGUUGGGCAGUAGGCAAGGCAGUACGCGGAAGAAACCGCGGCAGCCUGCCCAGCGCAAGAAAAAGGCGGAACCGAACGGAAGCAAUCAAAGCCAGCCGCGGCGCUCUCUUGCCAAGUCCCAACCGAGAGGUGAAAGCGUCGUCCCGUCCCCAUUUCGCCGCCGACCCCCGCAAAGCAGAAGGCGCGUCCUCCCAGUCCGCGGCUAGCGGUCCCCUCUUUCCUACCGAGCUCGCCGGCGUUCCCCUUCUGCUGCUGCCGGUGGUGCGACGAGUCAUGAUGAUACUGGAAAGCAAAAUCUAUUGGGAUCUUGCCCCAGAGUACAG